AAGUGUCCUGGAAAAAGAAGAGCAAAGUUCAUCGUCAACGUGAUUCAGCAGUCUUCAGCCAUUUCAUCCCGUCAUGAUCUUCUCCAGGUUUUCCCGUUCAUUACCUCGGAACUCUUGUUCCAGAAACGCGUUAAGCGGGGUUUACAGUAGUGGGUUAGCGAAUCGGAACCGGGAAAUUUUUGCAGCUCUCGAUAUCUAUAAUGGUUCAAGUAAGAAUAUGCUCGCCGGACAAUUAGGGAUUUUGAGGGGUUAUUUAGCUGCAAUCAGCACGAAUAAGGACUUUGUACGGAAGCAGUGUUUAUCUGAUCUUGAUCAUGCUCUCGGGAGCCUAAGAUUCUCCAGGUUUUUCUCAAGUGAAGCCCCCAAGGAUAAAAAAGGUGAUGAUGAUGUUCCAGAAGAGAGCAAGGAAAUUCCGAAGCAGGAUGAGCAGAAAUCUCAAUCAAAAGAGGAGACGAAUUCAGGUGAUCGCAGUGACUUUCAGGAAACCCUCAUGAAGUUCUUCCAAAAUUUGGCCCUCCCCUUGUUGGCAGUUGGAUUGGCUCUCAUUACAUUUACUUCCAGAGGAGAGAAGGAGAUUAGUUUCCAUGAGUUCAAAACCAAGUUGCUUGAAGCAGGUGUGGUGGACCACAUAGUUGUCUCUAACAAAACAAUUGCAAAAGUUUACCUUAAAAGCUCAGCGCAAAUUCAAAGGGGAGGUGAUUCUUAUGAGGGACUAGAUGUCAACCUGCGGUCUGCUCAUGAAAAACACAAAGCGAAAUGUCAAUUCUUUUUUAAUAUUGCAAGUUCUGAAUCUUUCGAGGAAAAGCUGGAAGAUGCUCAAAAGGCUCUAGGGGUCGACCCUCAUGAUUUUGUUCCAGUUAUAUAUACAUAUGAAAUGAAUUGGCUCCAAGAAUUGAUGAGAUAUUGGGCUACAUUUUUACUUUUGGGAGCAGGCAUGUUAAUUCGUUGGAAAAUGCAAGGUGGUGUGGGUGUUGGAGGUAUGGGAGGUAAAGGUAGCAGUGGGAUAUUCAACAUGGGAAAGGCACCUAUCAGUAAAGUGGAUAAAAAUGCAAAAAACAAGAUUUAUUUCAAAGACGUUGCUGGGUGUGAAGAAGCAAAGCAGGAAAUAAUGGAAUUUGUACACUUCCUCAAGAACCCAAAGAAGUAUGAGGAUUUGGGGGCAACGAUUCCAAAAGGCGCUCUUUUAGUAGGCCCUCCAGGUACAGGCAAAACUUUGUUAGCUAAAGCAACUGCAGGUGAAUCUGGCGUGCCUUUUCUAUCCAUAUCUGGUUCUGACUUUCUGGAAAUGUUUGUUGGGGUUGGCCCGGCAAGGGUUAGAAGUUUGUUUCAAGAAGCUAGGAAAUGUGCACCUAGCAUCGUAUUCAUUGAUGAAAUCGAUGCUAUUGGCCGGGCUAGGGGUCGUGGUGGUUUCUCAGGUGGUAAUGAUGAGCGUGAGAGUACAUUGAACCAGCUGCUUGUUGAGAUGGAUGGAUUUGGAACAACUACUGGUGUGGUUGUUCUGGCGGGAACAAACAGACCAGAUAUUUUAGACAGUGCCUUACUAAGGCCUGGUCGUUUUGACCGCCAGAUUAGCAUAGAUGCACCUGACAUUAAAGGUCGAGAUGAGAUCUUUAAAAUCUAUCUGCAAAAGAUUAAGCUUGAUCAUGAACCAUCAUAUUACUCUCAGAGACUGGCAGCCCUUACUCCUGGAUUUGCUGGAGCAGAUAUUGCAAAUGUUUGCAAUGAAGCUGCUUUAAUUGCCGCAAGACAUGAACAAACACUUGUAAAAAUGGAACAUUUUGAUGCGGCUAUAGACAGGAUCAUUGGUGGUUUGGAGAAGAAGAACAAGGUAAUAAGCAAACUCGAACGGAAAACUGUUGCAUACCACGAAUCAGGCCAUGCAGUAGCUGGAUGGUUUCUAGAAUAUGCAGAGCCCUUGUUGAAGGUUACAAUUGUUCCUCGUGGUACUGCAGCACUUGGCUUUGCCCAGUAUGUCCCUAAUGAGAACCUCCUCAUGACCAAAGAGCAGCUUUUUGACAUGACAUGCAUGACACUUGGUGGCCGGGCUGCAGAGCAGGUUUUAUUGGGUAAAAUCUCGACGGGCGCCCAAAAUGACUUGGAGAAAGUAACAAAAAUGACAUAUGCCCAAGUUUCUGCUUAUGGUUUCAGUGAGAAAGUUGGACUGGUCUCUUUUCCUAAGGGUGACGGUAUGAGCAAGCCUUACAGCAACAAAACAGCUUCAAUCAUUGAUGGCGAAGUUCGAGAAUGGGUUGGGAAAGCCUAUGAAAAGACAAUCCAGUUGAUAGAAGAACACAAGGAACAUGUAGCCCAGAUCGCGGAGCUCUUGCUCAAGAAGGAGGUCCUUCACCAAGACGACUUGGUCCAGGUUCUUGGCGAGCGCCCUUUCAAGUCAAGCGAGACAACGAAUUACGAUAUCUUCAAGCAAGGUUUUCAGCAGGAAUCCGAGAGUGAAAAUAAAGGCGCCGAUGAGGAGAACGAUUCACCCUCAUCCCAUAUUGAACCAGAUGCCGUCACUGCUUGACACCAACCACAAUGUUAUGUAUGCAUGCAUGUACAUUCUCUGAUAUAUGGAACCCAGAAUCUAUCUCAUGGUAAAAACCCAAAAUGGCUCUAACUGCAUUGAUAGAGUGGCUGCCAACCUGAUCAACCAACUUGUUUCUCAAACUGUGUUUAUAAUGGUGUUGCUGAAUGCUCUGCCUGCAGCUUAAGGAUUUUGAAUUUUUAAUUCUGCAUUCCUCUCUCCACACAUCGCCCUGAUCGGCGUCAUAUCUCUCUGUUAUUGGGAAGCUUUAAUCUGAUAUGCGCAUAUUUCAUUGAUAGCUGGUGGAGGGUUGUAUUCUAAGUCUGGCUUGUGUACAUUAACUUAUUUGCAGCUUGAUACUUCCAUUUUGUAGUUGCCAACCACACUAAGAGGUCAAAAUACUUAGUGAAGUGACAUGUUUUCUCUUAUGAGGGACUAAAAAUAAAAAGUUUAUGGGUUU